UACACGCAUCAAAAAAGUCUAACUUUCUUUCGUGAUGCGAUCGUGUUCAAAGUUUAAAGUGUAAAAGGUCACUGAAUGACUGCAUGCAUGCUCUCCGACAGUUCUGAGUUGCAAUGGAGUUUUUUGAGAUUUCAUGUCUUGUCAUCAUAUUUACAUGUAUCCUGUACAUAUAUCACAAAAGGAAAAGCCAGAAAAAAAUUACAGAUUUUCCAUCAAAAUACCCAGAUGAUAAAAUCAAGAAUGAAGAAAAACCUCACUAUGAUGUGGCAAUCUGUGGUGCAGGACCUGCAGGAAGUACCUGCGCUUAUUACCUAGCUAAGCUGGGCUGGAAGUGUUUGCUCUUAGAGAAGAAAAAAUUUCCUCGAGAUAAAUACUGCGGGGACGCAGUGUGUAAGACGGCCAUAGAGAUUCUGAUGGAUAUGGGCAUUUAUGACCAACUCAUCCGAGAAAACAAAGCGCACGUGGCAGAUAGUGGGGGAUUAUGCAGCCCUGGUGGACUUAGUUACGUGGGUCGCAGUAAAGAAGUCAUCGGAGAAAUCCCAGCAGCCAUUGCAUGUAAACGUCUUCAUCUUGAUGAGGCCAUAGCAAAAGCUGCCAAGAGAAUAGGUGCAGAUCUACGAGAGGAGUGGUCAGUAAAUGAAGCCAAGUUUGAUAACUCCACAGGUCUGUGGACGCUUUAUAGGGAAGGAUCAACAGAUACUCUCAAAGCAAGGGUGUUGGUUUGUGCCGAUGGUUCCCCCUCCAGACUUGCCACACAGCUCGGCCUGAUUUCACGCCCCCCUGAUAGCACAUGUUCCAGGGCUUAUGUCGAGGGAGGAACCCACAAAUUCAAAGCCGAUGGAGUUGUCUUUUACAACAAGGAAAUGUUACCAGGUUACUCUGCACUUUUCCGCCAUCCAAAUGAUGAGCUGAACUACUGUGUUUACAUUAUUCCUGGUAACCCCAAGGUGACCCCAGAUGACCUUAAAUAUUGGCAUGACAACCUGCAGACAAAGGAUCCUAACAUCAGCCGAGCCCUGGGUAAAGAAGCCAAGAUAGAGAGAAUGAAUGCAGCUAGUUUAAGACUUGGGGGAGAAGAUGUAUCUUAUGGGCACCAUGUGCUGAUUGUGGGGGAUGCAGCAGGAAUGAUAGACCCCCUCACAGGGGAGGGAAUACACCAUGCUAUGGAGGGAGGAAAGAUUGCAGCGCUAUUUUUAGAUGAGGCCAUCAAGCAGGGUAAUUAUGACAGUGACGUAAUGAAGCUAUAUCAUCAGCAAUGGAUGAACAAAUUCGGAUUUGAUUUCAAAUGGUCUAUGAUAUUUUGUCAAAUGAUGUAUCGAUUUCCUAUUUUACUGGAUGCCUCUGCUGCAGCACUUCAGAGGAAGGGAGACAAAUUUCUGGCUAAAUGGGCAGAUAUCAUGACAGGUCGAGUGCCAAAAAUAUACAUGCUGAAACCAGAGUUUUCCUUAACAAUUGGAUAUGAACUAAUCAGACUCUUAAUAGCUAGAUAUAGUGCAUCAAAAGAAAAUCUAAAUAAAACUGAUUGACGGACUGUUGCUUGUAAGCAAUAAGUUUUAUUGAUACUCAUUUUGAUGUAUAAAUCCCUCUUUGCAAAUCAAA